ACGCACACACCUGGGCGCUCACCUGGGCGCAGGCGCUUCCGCAGGAAGAAGGAAGCGGCGCUGCCGUCGCCUCCCCGCGCUCCCUCCCCGCCUCCUAGGUCCCUGGGCCGCCACCAUGUCCGCCUCGGCUGUCUUCAUUCUCGACGUCAAGGGCAAGCCCCUGAUCAGCCGCAACUACAAGGGCGAUGUGCCCAUGAGCAAGAUUGAGCACUUCAUGCCUUUGCUGGUGCAGCGGGAGGAGGAGGGUGCCCUCACCCCGCUGCUGAGCUACGGCGAGGUCCACUUCCUAUGGAUCAAACACAGCAACCUCUACCUGGUGGCCACCACAUUGAAGAACGCCAAUGCCUCACUGGUGUACUCCUUCCUGUAUAAGACCAUCGAGGUAUUCUGUGAAUACUUCAAGGAGCUGGAGGAGGAGAGCAUCCGGGACAACUUUGUCAUCGUCUAUGAGUUGCUGGAUGAGCUCAUGGACUUUGGCUUCCCACAGACCACCGACAGCAAGAUCCUGCAGGAGUACAUCACUCAGCAGAGCAACAAGCUGGAGACGGGCAAAUCACGAGUGCCACCCACUGUCACCAAUGCUGUGUCCUGGCGCUCUGAGGGUAUCAAGUAUAAGAAGAACGAGGUCUUCAUCGAUGUCAUAGAGUCUGUCAACCUGCUGGUCAAUGCCAACGGCAGCGUCCUGCUGAGCGAGAUCGUUGGUAGCAUCAAGCUCAAGGUGUUUCUGUCGGGAAUGCCUGAGCUGCGGCUGGGCCUCAAUGACCGCGUGCUCUUUGAGCUCACUGGCCUUUCAGGCAGCAAGAACAAAUCGGUGGAGCUGGAGGAUGUGAAAUUCCACCAGUGUGUGCGGCUCUCACGCUUUGACAAUGACCGCACCAUCUCCUUCAUCCCGCCUGAUGGUGACUUUGAGCUCAUGUCCUACCGCCUCAGCACCCAGGUGAAGCCACUGAUCUGGAUUGAGUCUGUCAUUGAGAAGUUCUCCCACAGCCGUGUGGAGAUCAUGGUCAAGGCCAAGGGGCAGUUUAAGAAACAGUCAGUGGCCAACGGUGUGGAGAUAUCUGUGCCUGUGCCUAGUGAUGCCGACUCCCCCAGAUUCAAGACCAGUGUGGGCAGCGCCAAGUAUGUGCCAGAGAAAAACGUUGUGAUUUGGAGUAUUAAGUCUUUCCCGGGGGGCAAGGAGUACUUGAUGCGAGCCCACUUUGGCCUCCCCAGCGUGGAGAAGGAGGAGGUGGAGGGCCGGCCCCCUAUCGGGGUCAGGUUUGAGAUCCCCUACUUCACCGUCUCUGGGAUCCAGGUCCGAUACAUGAAGAUCAUUGAGAAAAGCGGUUACCAGGCCCUGCCCUGGGUUCGCUACAUCACCCAGAGUGGCGAUUACCAACUUCGUACCAGCUAGAAGGGAGAAGAGAUGCGGACUUGAACAGGAGGCUUCCUUACAGCCCCGGCUGCAGAUUUUAAGAGGGAAGGUGCGGGCUUUGCGUGUCUGUGAGGGCAGGCCUGUACUUGGCAGUUUCUCGCUCCCAGCACCGGCCCCUUCCUCACCUCUUCCUUACUCCAUAGGCUGGGAGAGAAACUCUCUGCUUCCCUCGCCCUUGGAGUUUUCCCUGUCCUCCUGAUUUUAUAUGAAGAAAUAGAAAAGGGGCUUGAAGUCCCCGUGGCGAGUGCCUUUUUUGCAAUGACCUGCCUUAGCGCGUGUUGCAGGUCCCUCCUUCACAGCUGCUGAGCCCAGAGGCCCCGCUGGCCCCUCCUCUGAAUUUUAGGAUGUCAUUAAAAAGAUGAAUCUA